UACUGUAUUGAGGUUUGUUUAUGAAUAGGCCAUCGAAGUCCUUUGUUUCGCUGUCUUUUAAAUGAACAAGGACGGUGUUUUAAUUAUACAAGAAGUUGGGAACGACUGUUAAUGACAUAAUGUUUAAGAAAUAGAAUACGCAUUACAUAGUUUACCAGCAAAGAAUAAUGAUUUUAGUGUAAAUGAAAUAGUAUAUAUUAAAUAGAGAAAUGACUAUAAUCCGAGCUUUGUUACAGUACAUGGAGGAUUAUAUAAAAAUUAAAUAAUCAGCAGUUUACAUUCUAACAUAUAUAUAUAAACUAAACCAGCAAAAUCCACAAUGGCACUAACUGAUUUUUACACUAAAGUACAUUAUUAAAUGGAGAGGAGUGAUUCAUUAUUUUCGUUAUGUGUGAACUGGCUGCGCAGUCGUAUCUCAAAGAAAGAAGAAGAAGAGGAAGAUACAGAAUCUACUGCUUCGGGAGAGCGGUCAGCUGCUAAAGAUGACGCUAAACGAGAGAAUGAACAAUUAUGUGCUGAAAUAGACAGUUUAGGACGUGAGCUUAAAAAACUUAAACAAAUUGUUGAACAUUUAUCAAGAGACUAUGAGGAUUCAAAAGGAUAUGAUCCAUUAAGACGGUACGAAAAAUUGAAAGGAAUGGUGAAACGGACAAUCAUGCAUCUAAGACUUAAUCCAGACGAGCCCAACAUGAUUCAAAAUAUUGGUGUAGGUGGAUUAAUUCAAGGGUGCAAGGAUUUCAGUCAUCAAGCCGAAAGUGCCAGAAGAAGGGAAGACAAAUAUUCCAAAAUGUCAAGACAAGACCUGCAACAAGAGAAUCUCCAGCUUCUAGACCAAGUGAGAGAACUACGCCGUAAAUGUGCCAUUAUUCGGGACUUGAUUGAUACCCUUCAUAAAAACUAUGAAAUGUCUAAAAGGGCACCUGUUAUGCAGCGAUAUAACAUGUUAAAAGUAAUGAUAAAGAAAGUUAUACACGAUGAAUUGAUAUAAAUGGUGAACACACUUUAUAAAUGAUGAAAACCAUAAUUUUCAUAAAAAUGUUUUUGUAACUAUCAGACUUAAGGUAAACUACAUAGAGUAAUGAAAAUUAUUUCAUACUUUGGACUAAUUGUAGGUAGUAAUGCCAAAACACAAGGAAUAUUCCGCGACAAAGAUAAAGGAAAUGCACAUACGCUGCCUUCUAACAUUAUAGAUUUUGAGAUGAGUUAUAAUAAUGUGACUGGUCAUUAUUUUUUAUUUCCUUUUGUUAUUUGCUUCCAGAAAGCUAGAUAUAGCAAUAAACUAAAAUCCUGUAAAAGUAGACGGGUCAUUUAAUGCUUUUGCAAGUAAAUAGAUACCAUUUGGAAUGAAUUGCUGACAUCUUUAAUUUGCCGGAGUCCGUUCUGAUUUGUUUAUAUCUUUAACGCUAUUAAACUACAAGACUUAGUUUGAUAUAACAUUGUAGUUUCGCGCUUGUUAUUGUCAUAUUAAAAAUACCAAAUUGAUUUGAAACACCUACGGGUUUGAUAUUCAAUUAAAACAACACUGACUAUACCAUGAACUUUCUAUUGAUAAUCGACCUACUUUGUGUGUCUGCUUUUAGCCUUAGCAGUAGCUAAAUAAAACACUUUUCAGACGACAUCGAACUAACCGUCUAGCCUAAUCGAUGUCUGCUCUUCGAAAUGGAGGCGCAGACGAAGGAGUUGGUGUCGACAUGCAUGGAUGACAAGGAUAUAGAAAAUCGGCUACUGAUUUUGUGCUAUGAUGGAAAUGUGAGGGACCACUCAUAAAAAGCAUGAAAUCAGUAGCAAAUGCUCUUUACAUACCCAUAGCCUAAAUGGAUGACAAGUCGCAGACAAUUGUAAUCAAAUCAAAACAUGCAGAAAAUACCCCUUUACAAGCAUGCUGGAGCUGGUUGCGCUCCAAAAGUUCGAUAAAAUGUUUGUUAUUCACUGCUUAAAUAUUGAAAGAGAGAAAAAGUGGUAAAACAUGUUACAACAUUUUGUACUAGCGUUUAAUGACUUUAAGGCUUUCAUUGAUCGGCAACGAUAAACCUGAAAGUUUAUGUCGUCGGUUCCUUUCUUAACAAAUCUGAUAAUAACUUUCAGACCCAAGUUUUGGUUGGAGCUGGUUUGCUCCAAAAGUUCGAUAAAAGUUUUGUUAUUCACUGCUUAAAUAUUUUAAGAGUUUCAAAGAGAGGAAAAGCGGUAAAACAUGUUAUAACAAUUUGUACUAGAGUUUUAAUGACUUUGAUACACUUUCCGUCAUUGAUCGGUAACAAUAAACCUGAAAGUUUAUAUCGCCGGUUCCUUUUUAACAAACUGAUAAUAACUUGCAGAAAAUAGCAAAGUAAAUAUAAUAUUAUUGCAAUAAGGAAAUUUAUUUUUGGAAGCAGCUUUCAUCCAAACAUUCAAUAAAAAAUCACAAUAAUUUAACAGUCUCAAACGUCAGAAAUAAAUAUCGAGCAAGGUCGGCAACCCCAUUACCAGUAAAAUCCAAUGGUCCUAUUGUUCUGUAGUGUCCCACUGAAAAUAAUCCAUACGUCCUCCAACUCUCAUGGACAGCGAAACGUUGUGGUUUCCCUUUGCAUGACAUGGUGGCACAUUUUACCCCUUGUUACAUGUGGUGCCCAGAAUGAUUAGUGCUUGCCUCCUGUGCCAGUUAUGCUUACUUGAAUUCAAUACUUCAUAGACGUCCAGUACGAAUUGCAGUGCAGUAGCUAGUUGUGAUACCACAAGUGUGCAACAGUUUCGCGAACAACUGGCAAUCAAGACAAGUAAACAGUAACAGACAAUUAUCCAAGCCCGUCUUGACGGGUCAGUAUAACGGUAGGACUUUCGUUUUGAAACAACGAAAAAGACCGGAACUUUCAAAUCUCAUGGAGGAUUUUACACAUUGGUUUCUGUGUGAGCAAUUUUCAAAUGCAUUGGCAAGCAUCCGCGCAGUCUGGUCAGGAUCCAUGCUGUUCGCUUUCAAAGCCUAUUGCAAUUAGAGAAACCGUUAGCGAACAGCAUGGAUCCUGGUCUGGAUCCAUGCUGGUCGCAAAAGCACUAUGCUGGUUUUCUCAUGGCGCGGCUCAAUUGUGUUUAAAGUACGCAUGAAGGUCUUCUGUCUCAACAUGUUUUAAACACUCUCGUAUAUAUCCGGGAGUUAUUUCCUAAUUACUACGUCAAGAUAUUUUCAGAAUCUUUUGUACCUAGACCAAUGAAGCAUAUAUCAAUAAUGCUGCAUUAAAUGUUUCGUGUCUUGUCUGGAAGUACAAAAUUAAGACUGAAUUGUACAUGUUGUGCAAUACUAAUUAAUAUCUUUGAAAGUUUAAUGUUCAAGUCUUUAGUGCGAACGAAUACCAGACAAUGAGGUUUCAUUGUCAUUUGACUGUAAAAUGGUAUGAUUUCUAUAUAUUUCUGUAAUUAAACUAGUAUGUAUGAGAAUGUUUAUUUUGAUGACUUUCUACAUUUAGACGAACAUAGUCGAAUAUAUAAAGUAUCAAAUUAUUAAUAAAAAGUAAUUGAAAUGUGAACAUAC